CAGAUUAGUGCAGUAAAUCGUGGAAGGAGAAAGGAAAGAAGUGAGGUAACGGUGGCUGAAUAACGGGCUGUUUAGACAGAUUGAAGCAUUUGCUCCUUGUGCCUGGAAGCCUCAAACAGUACAGGAAAGGGCAGGCCAAAGACAGCAGCCGACAGCCGAGCAGAGGUUCAUCAUGGACGGGAAGAUUCGAAAGCAUACAUAGUUAGCUGGGAAUUGUAACUGCAUGUGACAAUAACAUUUUGGAACUUCUGUGGUUAAUAUGUAUCCGGACUUGCUGGUUUCUAACGAUAAUUUGCUUGCUGGGUAGUCUGCAAUCCAUCUUUGGAGCAAAAACUGUACAGCAGGAAGGAAAUCAGGGUCGUUAGCUAGCUAGCAAGCAAGCUUAGCCUGCUUCAAGAGCUGGGUUGCUGGGCCACGAAACAAUCUUCUUAACAAGAUAUCAAACUGGAUGAAUAAGUAGAAGUAGCAAGCCAGGUUAUUAUACGGUAGCGGGAAUAAGUACCGACGUGCUUACAUUUUUUAUAAUGUGUAACAUUUUUCUUGUAGGUUAGCUGGCUUUUAAAAAUAAAGCUUCACUCCAUUUUGUUAUGCAAGGAGGUUUUGCAAGGUGGCCAACGUGUUAGUUUGCUGGUUGGUUAGUUAGCUAGCGAGUGGCUGCGAAAUCAGCUGCUUGCUUUCGGGCUUGUUUCUGGUGUGGAAGACUAUUAAAAAGGACCUGAAGCUAACAGUUACUCUGUCGAAUUUAGAAGACGCCUUUGGCCAUGGCAACAGAAGUGGUUGAAACCGAAACGGAGCUGGGAUACAACGUUAACGUUACAAGUGAUAUGGAUUUAAACAAAAGUAAUCCCGAACCAGACACACCCAGGAUAUUUGAGAACCUGGAGAACGGGCCCACGGAAACUUUGACUUCGGAAGAAGAAGAACCUGAAAUCAUACGAAAAAAGACGGAGCCUUUGUCGGAGAGUGCUGGGGACACAUUAUUGCAGAGUCCAACCAAUGCAGGUGAUCCACUACAGAAAACGACAGCGCUAGACAGCGGAGAAAAACCAGAGGAGACGCGGGUGCGAAGCUCGAGUCCAGUCGGGCUCUCCCAGCCGUCCCCACCGGGAGACAGUGGAAGCUUGGAGUGUCAGGAGUCGGUGGAUACCACAGAGGCAUGUCUGAGGCUUGAGGGGGUGGAGCUUAAGGAGGAGUGGCAAGAUGAGGACUUUCCCGGACCACUGCCUGAGGAAGAGGAGGAGGACCUGCAGCUGGAACCGGAGCUUUUUAUUGGCACACCCACGGAAGUCAAACCAGGGACUCCGCCUUAUGGAUUAAACAGUGACAGCAAAGCCAAGAAAAAGCUGGAGGCCCCGGACAUCAGCUUGACUCUGGACCGCACCGGAAGCUCAGUUCUGUCCGAUGAGCUGGAGGAGAGCACUGAAAUGGAUCUGGAAGAUAUAGAUACUCCGUCUGAAAACAGCAACGAGUUUGACUGGGAAGACGACCUCCCGAAGCCCAAAGCCACGGAGCUGCUGCAGAAGGGGGUGGAGACGGUCCAGGAGUACUCCAGCGCGGAGGAGAGGGAGGAGGGCCGCCGAUGGAGGGUCUUCAGGAUCGGCGAGCAGGAGCACAGGGUGGACAUGAAGGCCAUCGAACCCUACAAACGGGUCAUCAGCCACGGAGGUUACUAUGGAGAUGGUUUGAAUGCCCUCAUUGUGUUUGCUGUGUGCUUCAUGCCUGAAAGCAAUCAACCAAACUACAGAUACAUCAUGGACAAUCUAUUCAAGUAUGUGAUUGGGACACUGGAGCUACUGGUGGCUGAGAACUACAUGAUCGUAUACCUGAACGGGGCUACAUCGCGCAGGAAGAUGCCCAGUGUUGGCUGGCUCAGGAAGUGCUAUCAACAGAUUGACCGCAGGUUACGGAAGAAUCUGAAGGCUUUGAUCAUUGUCCAUCCCUCCUGGUUCAUCCGCACAGUUCUUGCCAUCACAAGGCCCUUCAUAAGUUCAAAGUUUAGCCAAAAAAUCAAAUACGUGUUCAACCUGACAGACCUUGCUGAGCUCGUCCCAAUGGAGUAUGUGUCCAUACCGGAGUGCAUCAAACAGUAUGAUGAAGAAAAAAAUAGGAAAAAGCGUAAAAGAGGGCUUUGUGUGGAUGGCCCUUUCCUAGCACAUUUAUAAAGAACUGGCAGGAUUGAUCGGGAUAUGUGCGGAAAAGUGGAGAUAGCUACCGCAGCUGUGCCAGAGUGAGAGAAGACUUCCCCACCCCUCACUGGAAACGAGGAAGACUAAAGAAUGUGUAGAACCACUGCAGCUUUUAUUACUUUACAGCACGUUUGUCUCACUGCCUGUGGACUGUAGAUGCAAGUGCUCAAGAAAGUGCUUUCCUUGAUAUGUUAUGGUUACAUGUUACACGGUGGAAACCCUUGCUGUGUCAGUUAUGCCAAACACUCGAUGUGCAUUUGACAAUCACAGUGCAGUGAUUCAUGCACUGUAAUAAUCUUUUAUCAAGCCAAACUGAUUUUUUUUU